AUAGGUGGUCAGCAAUUUAACGUAAAUUUCCCAUGAUUCCUAAGGACCUUCCUUUUCCUCCAUUUUUGUCACAGUGUAGGUUUGGCUGAACCUGAAGAUUCAUUAUGCCAGGAAGACUGUGGAGCAAGGCUAUCUUUGCCGGGUACAAGCGUGGCCUGAGGAACCAGAGGGAACACACUGCCCUGCUGAAGGUGGAAGGCGUGUACACUCGUGAUGAAACAGACUAUUACCUGGGCAAGCGUUGUGCUUACGUCUACAAGGCCAAAAAGAACACAGUGACUCCCGGUGGCAAGCCCAACAAGACGCGGGUGAUCUGGGGCAAAGUCAUGCGUGCCCACGGCAACAGUGGGAUGGUGCGUGCCAAAUUCAGCAGCAACCUCCCAGCAAAGGCUAUUGGACACAGAGUUAGAGUGAUGCUGUACCCAUCCCGUGUAUAAUGUGCUGUUAUGUACAAUAAACAAGUCAGGUCCAAA